CCGUCUCCUCACAAAGUUAUAAACCUCACUCUUUCUUUCUCCUUUCCUCUUCUCCAAACAUCCCAAACGCGAACUCUCUCUCUCUCUCUCUCUCUCUCUCUCGAAUGCAGUGAUCUCCAUAAUUUCUUCACUCUCUGAUCAUGGAAGCAGACGACUUGUCAGUACUUCACAAAUCACUCUUCGAAGACAAACUCUCUGCCACCGAUCUCUUCUUACAAAAACUCCGUUCUGAUACUUCCAUCAAGUCAGCCCUCCAACGAUUCUACUCGAUUCUAAAACGCGGCGUUUCACUGAUCGAUGAUGAUGCUAAUAAUAGUGAACUGAAGUUAGGGUUUCAAUUAUGGACCGAUUCGCAAAUUCAAUCUGUCGUUUCACUCGGUAUCGCCAUCGUUUCGUCUUCUAGAUCUCUGUCAGUAGAGCAAGCAGAGCCGAUAGUAGUUGCUGUUGUGAACCAAUUGGUGGAAUUUGCUGUUUGUUAUCUGGAGAAAUCUGAGUUCAGUGGCAAUGAUUUCAGUAUCCAGAACAAUAUGGCUUUGCUUAUGGAGUUGGCAUUGGUUGAUGGAGUAGAUAAAGUCACAAAUACAUUGCAGUCUUGCUCUGAGAAUAGCAUUCUGGAAUUGCCGAUGGUUUCUGGUGAUUGUUGUGGUAUUGAGUUAGAUGAUCACAUAAAAUGUAGUCUUCAAGGAGUUGGUUGCUCAAUAGGGGAGAAACCAGUGGACCGGCUGUUAAUGAAAUUAAAAUCUGAGUGCAUUCAGCCUGAGUGGCAGGCUUCUGGGAUCAGCGGGCAUGACAAAGAUUUGAACAAUUUGAUCUUCCUGUCUCAGCACUGGGCUGUUGUUCAUGUGGAUUGCGUCCGACGUCUAAUGUCAUGCUGUCACAAACUGAUAGAGUUGCCAGAUAUGCCUGGUGAAAAAAUUGCAGGUCCAGAUUUCUGCAACAGACUAUCUGUUGGUUUGAGGAUAUUGAAGCUGCUCAGAAAUUUGAUAAAGGACGUCCCUUACAUUGAAUAUGAUGCUUCAAUGUUACAGGAGGGUGCUUCAUGUGCUGAUGCAUUCCCUAAAUUGUUUAGACUUCAAUUUGACUUUGUAAAUAGUCACACUGCUGUUGAGGGUAAUUUGGAGAGUAUUAUCCUGUCUCUGUUGGAAGAGUUUCUUCAUGUGGUCCAAGUUAUUUUCUGCAAUACCAGUGCUUUUCAGAAUAUCCAAGCAUGUGUGGUUGCUUCUAUAUUGGACAACUUGGACUCUUCUAUAUGGAGAGACGACAAAUCUGCUACUAAUAUAAAGCCUCCUCUGGUAUACUUUCCUCGAACUGUCCUUUAUGUAAUAAAUCUUAUUCUGGAUAUCAAGAGACAAGCACAUCAGGCUCUUGAUUUGAAGGAGUUUGACACGGAUCUUGUUGGUAGCUCUGCUGAAUUUCUACAUGAUUGCCCUUCAUGCCUUGCUCAUUUUGAGCGUGUCCCUUUGCUUAAAAGGUUCACAGCCGAUGAAUUAUUGAGAAUUAUAUUUUCUCCAUCAACUCAGUGGAUGGACAAUUUGAUGGAUCUUAUUUCUUUUCUGCACUCUGAAGGAGUAAAAUUAAGGCCAAAAGUGGAGAGAUCUCAUUCCAGUUGUUCAAAAGCUAAUUGCUCCGCAGAACUGGAAAAUGCAGUUUGCCAUGAAGAUGAAGCCCUUUUCGGGAACCUUUUCUCCGAAAGUGGUCGGUCGGUGGGAUCCGUGGAUGGGUAUGAGCAACCAGUAGCAGCCAUCAACUCUUUCUCCAGCAAUUGCAAUCUGCCAAUGCAAGCUGCUACUGAAACAUUGAGCUUUCUUAAGGAUUCUGUCUUUUUUCAUGAAUGGUCUCCUUCUAUUUUUGAGGAUGGGUGCAAAAGGCUACAAGAGAACCAUAUUGAUACAUUGCUUUCUAUACUCAACUGUCAGGGCUGUUGUUUUUUGGAAGAUAAUUCUUCUGACAGUUGUGCUAAUUUGCAUGAACAGAGAAAAACUAGGCACAUCCAUGAACUUUGCUUUGAACUAUUGCGGAAUCUUCUUACUCACCAUGCUUUGUCUGAUUCUCUUGAAGAGUACCUUGUUGAGCAAAUUCUGAAAGUUGAAAAUGAUGCAUUUGCUUACAAUGAUCAGACCCUCACCUUACUAGCUCACACUCUUUUUUCCAGAGUGGGUGUGGUUGGUAGCCAGUUGAGAACCAAACUUUAUGAAGGCUUUGCAGGUUUCAUUGUUGACAAGGCAAAAAUUGUUGGUUCAAAAUGUCCUUGCUUUAAGGAACUCAUUGCGAAUCUUCCAUCAGUGUUUCAUGUUGAGAUUCUUCUAAUGGCAUUCCACUUAUCAUCCACAGGGGAAAAGGCAGCCCAUGCAAACUUAAUAUUUUCUUCCCUUCGAGCAGUUGAUGCUCCAUCUGUGGGUUUUAGUAGCACACAAUUGUCAUGUUGGGCUCUACUUGUUUCAAGGUUGAUCUUGCUGCUUCACCAUAUGAUGUUUUAUCCACGUAAUUGCCCUUCAUCAUUUCUUCUUGAUUUGCGUUCAAAGUUGAGGGAAGCACCAAUUUGUGGUUCACUUCUGCCAAAUAGGGUUAAUGAUCAGUUGUUGUCUUGGGUGUCGAUUGCCAUGAAGAAUUUAUUGGGUGCAUGUGCUGAGGAAGAGCCUCUUGUCAGUACCUUGAUCAAUCAAUUGGUUGACAUUUCUGCUCUUCCUCCUUCACUUUGCAGAGAUGAACUGGCCAUUGAAUCCUUAUGCUUGAGUUGGAAUGAUAUAUAUGCCACCUUCUCAUGGAUUCUGGGAUUCUGGAAAGGUAAAAGAGCUUCAUCUGUAGAAGACCUUAUAAUUGAAAGAUAUAUUUUCUCACUUUGCUCAGAUAUUCCUGCCAUGAGUUCUGCAGCAGACGAUCAACUUUCACUUGGGAGUGAGCCUUUAGCUCAGGACAUAUCUAAUAUGGCAUAUUUCUUUUGCUUCAGUCGCUCACUUUUGGGCCAUGGCAAUAAUAUUGGCAAGGGUUCAAACCUUACAGAUGCUAUAGUUGGUGUUCUGCACGAAAUCUGUGCCUUGAACAUACCCGAGGACAUCAAGGAACUAGGAUGGGAUUUUUUAAGAACUGGGUCGUGGUUGUCUCUAGUACUUUCCUUGUUCAAUGUUGGCCUCUGCAGAUAUUGCAUGAAGAUUAAAGUCCCUGGAGUGACUCCAUUCUGGAUUGAAAACACUGCAAGUGACAAUCAGUUUGUCGCUGUUGCAGAAGGUCUGACUUCCUGCUUAAUUGAAGCUGGCCAAGUCUCAGUGCUGGUUAGGAUGUUAUCAACCUUGCUAAGCAGAUAUUUACUGGCCUAUCAGAAAGCUUUCCUUGCAAUUAUUGAUAAUGACCAGCAUGAUGUGAAAAGCUUCCCGUCUCUCCUGCUUCUCAAACAUUCCAGCUUUGACAAAUGCCUGCUCGAUGAAGUCUUCAAGAAUGGAACCAGUUUUUGCAAUCUUGGUUAUGUUUUUGAUCUCCUAUCAAAGUUGGAUGUGGUUGUCGACAAAAGGGCUCCAGGUAUUCAAUGUAAGGUGUUUUGGGAGUGUAUGCUGCAUGGUUUUCCCUCUAAUCUUCGAACUCCUAGUGCAGUCUUUCUCUCUUGUACUCUCACCAUAAGAGGCAUCAUUUUCCUUCUAGAUAAGUUGUUCAGAGUAGAAGAUCUGAGAGAAAAAGUUAGCCUGGAGACUGAGGUAAUGCGCCAGAUUCUAGAUUCAGUGAUGACUGUCAAGUUCGAUAGAAUCUUUGAGAGCCUUCAAGGGAAAUGUGAAGACAUUGUUCGUAACCUCGGUACUGGAUCAGAACUGUCAGAUUAUACUGACCUGUUUAUGAUGAAGCACAUGGAAGGGUUUUUAAGAGAAAUCAAUGGCAGAGGAGUGAGUGACAGCAGUAUCUAUGAAUGGAUUAUUACUAAGAUCAUCAAUACCGCAGAUAGCCUUAAAAAAGAUCCUAUAAAAUCUGUCAUCUUCAAGUUUUAUCUUGGUGCAGAGGAUAUGCCUGAAAUGCUCAAGGAUUUCUGUGGGUUGCAACGUGGUGAUUUGUUAGUUCUGAUUGAUUCCCUGGAUGAUUGUUGCUCUGAAUCAGUAAAUGGGAAGGUGCUUAGUUUCUUUGUUGAUAUCUUAUCUGGAGAUUUUUGUCCAGAUCUCAAACAGAAGAUAAGGGAAAAAUUCUUUGGAAUGGAUUUGCAUGAUUUGUCAAAAUGGUUGGAGAAGCGGUUAUUAGGUUGUGUGGUGGAAGCUUCAGAGGGUGGCAACUGUGCAAAAGGGAAUUCUGUUUCUUUCAGAGAAACAACCAUGAGUUUUAUUCUCUCUCUUGUAUCCUCACCCUCUGAGGCACAUUUGAUGGAACACAGUCAUUUAUUUGAAGCAGUGCUGGCUUCACUCGAUGCUGCAUUUUUGCUAUUUGAUGUUCAUAUUGCAAAGUCCUACUUCCAUUUUGCUGUUCAACUAUCGAGAGGGGAAUAUUCAAUGAAGUUGCUUUUGAAGAGGACCAUAAUGCUGAUGGAGAAGCUUGCUGGUGAUGAACAUCUGCUUCCAGGACUGAAAUUUCUGUUUGGCUUUCUUGGAUCUCUCUUGAGUGAUUUUGGAUCCACUACGAGCAGCUUGGAGAAGUCUUUAGGGAAGCCUGUAUUGAGUGGUAGUCUUGGAGCAGGUUCUGUCGCUUUUAAAUCACUCGGAUCAAGAAAGAAUUCUGACACUUUGGUUCUUUCUGCAAAUCAAGAAGGGGGAUCCUCGGCCCUUGAAUGUGAUGCAAAUUCUGUAGAUGAUGAGGAGGAUGAUGGAACAUCUGAUGGUGAGGUAGCUAGCAUAGACAAAGAUGAGGAGGAGGAUACCAACAGUGAAAGGGCCCUUGCCUCUAAAGUAUGUACAUUUACAUCCAGUGGCAGCAAUUUUAUGGAACAACACUGGUAUUUUUGUUAUACUUGUGACCUGACAGGAUCAAAAGGCUGUUGUUCUGUCUGUGCAAAAGUUUGUCACCGUGGUCAUCGUGUUGUUUAUUCUCGCUCAAGUCGUUUUUUCUGUGACUGUGGAGCUGGUGGUGUUAGGGGUAGCAGCUGUCAAUGCUUGAAAGCUCGAAAAUUCACUGGAAGUGACAGUGCACCUAUUCGUAAUACAAGCAAUUUUCAGUCUUUUCUGCCCUUUACCGCAGAUGCAGAUCAUUUGCCAGAGAGUGAUUCUGAGCUAGAUGAGGAUGCAGCUAUAGAUGCAGAUAAUUCACUCAGGUUAUCUAUUCCGAGAGAGCUUCAGGAUAGGAUGCCAAUGUUACUUGAAGAAGUUGAUGUUGAAGGUCAGGUGCUUCAAAUUUGCUCUUCAUUGUUGUCUUCUAUAACCAGCAAAAGAGAUCCAAAUCUGUCCGUGGAUAAAAAAGUUAUUUUAGGGAAAGACAAGGUGCUUUCAUAUGGUGUUGAACUGUUGCAGUUGAAGAAGGCGUAUAAAAGUGGGUCUUUGGACUUGAAAAUAAAGGCUGAUUAUUCAAAUGCCAAGGAACUCAGAUCACAUUUAGCUAGUGGUUCUCUUUUCAAAUCUUUGCUCAGUGUCAACAAUCGAGGUCGACUUGCUGUUGGAGAAGGGGACAAAGUUGCUAUAUUUGAUGUUGGGCAAUUAAUUGGACAAGCCACCACUGCACCAGUAACGGCAGAUAAGACUAAUGUCAAGCCUCUCUCAAGAAAUGUUGUUCGCUUUGAAAUUGUACAUCUUGCUUUCAAUUCAGUGGCAGAGAAUUAUCUUGCUGUGGCAGGAUAUGAAGAUUGCCAUGUCCUCACUUUGAAUCCUCGUGGUGAAGUAACUGACCGGCUUGCCAUUGAACUUGCUCUGCAAGGUGCAUACAUUAGGCGGGUUGAUUGGGUUCUGGGUUCUCAGGUUAGAUUAAUGGUGGUAACUAAUAGGUUUAUUAAAAUAUAUGACCUAGCCCAGGACAACAUAAGUCCAGUGCACUAUUUCACACUGCCAAAUGAGAUGAUUGUGGAUGCAACCCUUAUUAUGGCUUCUCAGGGAAGGAUGUUUCUUAUUGUACUCUCAGAACAAGGGAACUUGUUCAGGCUGCAAUUAUCUUUGGAAGGUAAUGUUGGGGCCACGCCAUUGAAGGACAUUAUUGCAAUUCAGGACAGGGAAAUCAAUGCAAAGGGCUCAUCUUUAUACUUCUCUACUACAUAUAAGUUACUCAUGUUAUCCUAUCAAGAUGGCACUACUUUGAUGGGCCGGCUAAGCCCUGAUGCAACAUCUCUAACUGAAAUCUCUUUUGUUUAUGAGGAUGAACAAGAUGGUAGGAAGUCACCAGCAGGUCUGCAUCGAUGGAAAGAGUUGCUUGUUGGAAGUGGAUUAUUUGUUUGCUUCUCCAGCAUGAAAUCAAAUGCUGCACUUGCUGUAUCCUUGGGGCCUCAUGAGCUACAUUCCCAGAACAUGCGGCAUACAGUGGGAUCAACCUUGCUUUUAGUUGGAUUAACUGCUUAUAAGCCAUUGUCAAAAGACAAAGUUCACUGUCUUGUAUUACAUGAUGACGGAAGCCUUCAGAUAUACUCACAUGUCCCUGCAGGAGCUGAUACUACUGCAAGUGUGACAGCUGAGAAAGUAAAAAAGUUGGGUUCUGGUAUUCUCAAUAAAGCUUAUGCUGGUGUGAAGCCAGAAUUCCCCCUCGAUUUCUUUGAGAAAACAGUCUGCAUCACAGCAGAUGUUAAAUUGGGUGGUGAUGCCAUCAGAAAUGGUGAUGCUGAAGCAGCCAAGCACACCUUGGCUUCAGAGGAUGGCUUUUUAGAAAGCCCCAGUCCUGCAGGAUUUAAGAUAUCUGUAUCCAAUUCAAACCCUGAUAUUGUUAUGGUUGGCUUUCGAGUGUAUGUGGGGAAUAUAUCAGCAAGUCAUAUACCCUCUGAUAUUACCAUUUUCCAGAGAGCAAUUAAAUUAGAUGAGGGCAUGCGAUCCUGGUAUGAUAUACCAUUUACUGUUGCCGAAUCACUCCUUGCUGAUGAAGAAUUUACGAUCUCUGUUGGGCCAACCUUCAAUGGCACUGCACUUCCUAGAAUUGACUCGCUUGAAGUAUAUGGCCGAGCCAAAGAUGAAUUUGGAUGGAAGGAGAAAAUGGAUGCAGUGCUGGACAUGGAAGCUCGUGUGCUUGGCUCCAAUUCAUUGCUUGCAGGGUCUGGAAAGAAGUGUCGGUCGCUGCAGUCUACUUCUGUUCAAGAGCAGGCUGUAUCAGAUGGUCUGAAGCUUCUAUCAAGAAUAUAUUCACUGCGUAGAUCACAAGAAGAUGAAGUAAAACUGGAGCUUAGUGAACUCAAGUGCAAGUUGCUGUUAGAAACUAUAUUUGAAAGUGACAGAGAACCGUUGUUGCAAGCCGCUGCUUGCUGUGUCUUGCAGGCUGUUUUCCCCAAGAAAGAGAGAUAUUACCAGGUCAAGGAUGCAAUGCGGCUUCAUGGGGUGGUGAAAUCAACCUCUGCUCUUUCUUCAAGAUUAGGAGUUGGAGGAAAUACUGGAGGAUGGAUUAUUGAAGAGUUCACUGCUCAGAUGCGUGCUGUAUCUAAGAUUGCAUUGCACCGUCGAUCAAAUUUAGCCUUUUUUCUGGAGAUGAAUGGUUCUGAAGUGGUGGAUGGGCUUAUGCAAGUUCUUUGGGGAAUUUUGGACUUGGAGCAGCCUGACACUCAAACUCUGAACAACAUUGUUAUCUCUUCUGUAGAACUCAUUUACUGUUAUGCUGAAUGUCUGGCUUUACAUGGAAAAGACACAACAGGGCGCUCUGUUGCCCCUGCCGUCCUAUUGUUCAAGAAACUUCUGUUCUCCCCCAAUGAAGCAGUUCGAACUUCCAGCAGCCUUGCUAUAUCAUCAAGAUUGCUCCAGGUUCCAUUCCCAAAGCAAACUAUGUUAGCAACAGAUGAUGUUGUGGAUAGCAUGGUCUCUGCAUCUGGACCAGCUGAGACAGCUGGGGGAAAUGCACAAGUAAUGAUUGAAGAAGAUUCUAUUACGUCAUCAGUUCAAUAUUGUUGUGAUGGCUGUUCCACUGUGCCUAUUCUCAGGCGAAGAUGGCAUUGCACUGUUUGUCCCGAUUUUGAUUUGUGUGAGAAUUGCUAUCAGGUUCUGGAUGCAGAUCGGCUUCCUCCACCCCAUUCUAGAGAUCAUCCUAUGACUGCUAUUCCAAUUGAAAUGGAAUCUUUGGGAGGAGAUGGCAAUGAAAUACACUUUUCCACUGAUGAUGCAAGUGACUCGAGCUUGUUGCCAGCCACUACAGAUGUAAGCAUGCAGAGUUCCACUCCAUCAAUUCAUGUCUUAGAACCCAAUGAAUCUGGAGACUUUUCCGCUUCGGUGACUGAUACUGUCUCAAUUUCUGCUUCAAAACGAGCUGUGAAUUCCUUGCUUCUUUCUGAAUUUCUUGAGCAGCUGAAAGGAUGGAUGGAGACAACCUCUGGUGUUCGGGCAAUCCCUGUCAUGCAACUGUUCUAUAGAUUGUCAUCUGCAGCUGGAGGACCUUUUGUGAACAGCUCCAAGCCUGAGACCUUAGAUCUAGAGAAACUAAUUAGGUGGUUCUUGGAUGAAAUUGAUCUCGACAAACCUUUUGUUGCCAGAACCCGUUCCACUUUUGGAGAGGUUGCAAUCCUUGUCUUCAUGUUCUUCACCUUGAUGCUCCGGAACUGGCACCAGCCUGGGAGUGAUGCCUCUGUUCCGAAAUCAAGUGGAAACACAGAAACUCAUGAUAAGAACAUUAUGCAGGCGGCUUCUGUUUCUUCUCAGUAUACCUUGGAAUGUCAAGAGAAAAAUGACUUUGCAUCUCAGCUGCUACAAGCCUGCAGUUCUCUCAGGAACCAAAAUUUUGUCAAUUAUCUUAUGGACAUACUGCAGCAGCUGGUUCAUGUUUUUAAGUCCUCUACUGCUAAUUUUGAGGCCACCCAUGGUGUGAACACUAGUUCUGGAUGUGGGGCUCUAUUAACAGUGCGGAGAGAUUUACCAGCGGGUAAUUUCGCUCCAUUCUUCUCGGAUUCGUAUGCAAAAGCUCACCGUAGUGAUAUUUUUAUGGACUACCACAGGCUAUUAUUGGAGAAUGCUUUUCGAUUGGUGUACACCUUAGUUAGACCAGAGAAGCAAGACAAGACUGGUGAGAAGGAGAAGGUUUACAAGAUAUCAUCUGCAAAGGAUUUGAAGCUAGAUGGAUAUCAAGAUGUCCUUUGCAAUUACAUCAAUAAUCCUCAUACUGCAUUUGUGAGAAGAUAUGCAAGGAGGCUUUUUCUGCAUCUGUGUGGUAGCAAAACCCACUAUUACAGUGUUCGAGAUUCAUGGCAGUUCUCAAGUGAAGUGAAAAAAUUCUACAAGCACAUAAACAAAUCUGGUGGCCUUCAAAGUCCCAUCUCUUAUGAGCGAAGUGUGAAAAUUGUGAAGUGCUUGUCUACAAUGGCUGAGGUGGCUGCUGCAAGGCCUCGAAAUUGGCAGAAGUACUGUUUGAAGCAUGGCGAUGUUCUAUCAUUUCUCAUGAAUGGAGUGUUCUAUUUUGGUGAAGAGUUUGUCAUUCAGACUCUCAAACUGUUAAAUCUGGCCUUUUAUUCAGGAAAAGACAUGAGCCACUCCUUGCAGAAAGCUGAAUCAGGGGACUCUGGAACAAGUACAAAUAAAUCAGUGGCACAGGCUCUGGAUUCUAAGAAGAAGAAGAAGGGUGAAGAUGGAACUGAGUCUGGGCUGGAGAAGUCCUUUUUGGAUAUGGAGGCAGUUGUAGAUAUCUUUUCUGACAAGGGUGGAGAUGUCUUGGGGCAAUUUAUUGACUGCUUUUUACUGGAAUGGAACUCAAGCUCUGUGCGUACAGAGGCCAAGUCAGUUCUUUAUGGUGCAUGGCAUCAUGGGAAACAACCAUUCAAGGAAACAAUGUUAAUGGCCCUCUUGCAGAAGGUGAAAAAUUUGCCAAUGUAUGGUCAGAACAUUGUUGAGUUCACUGAACUGGUCACCUGGUUGCUGGGGAAGGCCCCCGAUAACAGUUCAAAGCAACAGAGCACUGGACUUAUUGACCGAUGUUUAACCCCUGAUGUCAUUAGGUGCAUCUUUGAGACACUUCAUUCACAAAAUGAGCUCAUAGCUAACCAUCCAAAUUCUCGCAUAUAUAAUACUUUAAGUGGUCUGGUAGAAUUUGAUGGUUACUAUCUUGAGAGUGAGCCUUGUGUUGCCUGCAGUUCUCCUGAGGUACCAUAUAGUAGAAUGAAGCUGGAGAGCUUGAAAUCUGAAACGAAGUUUACUGAUAAUCGUAUCAUAGUUAAAUGCACUGGAAGCUACACCAUCCAAACUGUGACGAUGAAUGUUCACGAUGCACGCAAGUCUAAAUCAGUGAAAGUGUUGAACCUGUACUACAACAAUCGGCCUGUGGCUGACUUGUCGGAGUUGAAAAAUAAUUGGUCCCUGUGGAAGCGUGCAAAGAGCUGUCAUCUUGCUUUCAACCAGACUGAAUUGAAAGUGGAAUUUCCCAUUCCAAUCACUGCUUGUAACUUCAUGAUUGAACUGGAUUCUUUCUAUGAAAAUCUUCAGGCUUUAUCCCUUGAACCACUGCAAUGCCCACGUUGUAGUCGACCUGUCACUGAUAAGCAUGGAAUUUGCGGCAAUUGCCAUGAAAAUGCAUAUCAGUGCAGGCAAUGUCGCAACAUAAAUUAUGAGAAUUUGGAUUCAUUUUUGUGCAAUGAGUGUGGAUACAGCAAAUAUGGUCGUUUUGAGUUCAACUUCAUGGCAAAGCCAAGUUUUACAUUUGAUAGCAUGGAGAAUGAUGAUGAUAUGAAGAGGGGGUUGGCAGCCAUUGAAUUGGAAUCAGAAAAUGCUCACAGAAGAUACCAGCAACUUCUGGGCUUCAAAAAGCCCCUCCUUAAGAUUGUUUCAAGCAUUGGUGAGAAUGAAAUGGAUUCACAACAGAAGGACUCUGUUCAGCAGAUGAUGGUAUCUCUGCCUGGACCGUCAUGUAAGAUAAAUCGUAAGAUUGCUCUUCUUGGUGUCUUGUAUGGUGAAAAAUGCAAAGCUGCUUUUGACUCUGUCAGCAAAAGUGUUCAGACACUGCAGGGGCUUCGUCGGGUUUUGAUGAGUUACCUGCACCAAAAACAAUCUGAUGGUGCAGUUGCAGCAUCAAGGUUUGUGAUUUCAAGGUCUCCAAAUAAUUGCUAUGGCUGCGCAACUACGUUUGUUACACAGUGUUUGGAGAUAUUACAGGUGCUAUCAAAGCUUCCUAAUUUGAAGAAACAACUUGUUACAGCUGGCAUCUUAUCUGAAUUGUUUGAGAAUAAUAUUCAUCAAGGUCCAAAAGCAGCUCGUGUCCAAGCUAGAGCUGUACUUUGUGCUUUCUCUGAAGGUGAUAUCAAUGCAGUAACUGAAUUAAAUAGUUUAAUACAGAAGAAAGUCAUGUACUGUCUUGAACAUCAUCGCUCCAUGGACAUUGCCUUAGCUACUCGUGAAGAGUUGCUAUUGCUUUCAGAAGUAUGUUCACUGGCUGAUGAAUUUUGGGAAUCAAGAUUACGUGUUGUUUUCCAGCUGUUAUUUUCAUCAAUUAAAUUAGGUGCCAAGCAUCCUGCAAUAGCUGAGCAUAUUAUUCUCCCUUGUCUGAGAAUUAUAUCUCAGGCUUGUACUCCUCCAAAACCUGAUACUGUAGACAAAGAGCAAGGAACGGGGAAGUCUGUUUCUGCAGCACAACUGAAGGAUGAAAAUAACGCAAGUGGUUCUGGAUCUUUGAGUGGGUUUGUGAGUGGUAACAAGUCUGCACCAGAACAUACAGAAAAAAAUUGGGAUGCUUCUAAAAAGACUCAGGAUAUUCAGUUACUAAGUUAUUCAGAGUGGGAAAAAGGAGCAUCAUAUCUUGAUUUUGUCAGAAGGCAGUACAAGGUGUCUCAAGCAGUUAAAGGCUUAGGCCAGAGAUCUAGGACCCAGAGAAAUGAGUAUCUGGCACUCAAAUAUGGCCUUAGGUGGAAGCGCCGUGCUAGUAAGACUUCUAAAGGUGGUUUAUUUGCAUUUGAGCUGGGUUCCUGGGUGACUGAACUUGUUCUGAGUGCUUGUUCACAAUCUAUUCGAUCAGAGAUGUGCAUGCUCAUUAAUUUACUUUGUGCUCAGAGUUCCUCAAGACGAUUCCGGCUGUUAAACCUACUGAUGGCUUUGCUACCAGCUACUCUUGCUGCUGGGGAAAGUGCAGCAGAGUACUUUGAAUUGCUUUUCAAGAUGGUCGAUUCUGAAGAUGCUCGUCUGUUCUUGACUGUGCGUGGAUGUUUAACUAGCAUUUGUAAAUUGAUAACCCAAGAAGUGGGUAAUGUUGAAUCUCUGGAAAGAAGUUUGCACAUAGACAUUUCACAGGGAUUCAUUCUCCACAAGCUCAUAGAACUACUUGGAAAAUUUUUGGAGGUUCCGAAUAUCAGAUCCAGUUUUAUGCGAAAUAAUCUGCUGUCUGAUGUCCUUGAGGCUCUUAUAGUCAUCCGUGGCUUGAUAGUGCAAAAGACAAAGUUGAUCAGUGAUUGCAAUCGCCUUCUGAAAGAUCUUCUAGACAGUCUACUUCUGGAAAGCAGUGAAAAUAAACGACAAUUUAUCCACGCUUGUAUCUGUGGUCUGCAAAUCCAUGGAGAAGAGAGGAAAGGACGAGCUUGUUUGUUUAUCCUGGAGCAGCUUUGCAAUUUGAUAUGCCCUUCAAAACCAGAGUCUCUUUAUCUGUUGGUUCUAAACAAGGCACACACACAAGAAGAGUUCAUCAGGGGAUCCAUGACUAAGAAUCCAUAUUCCAGCACUGAAGUUGGUCCGCUGAUGCGUGAUGUUAAAAAUAAAAUUUGCAACCAAUUGGAUCUGCUAGCCCUUCUUGAAGAUGACUAUGCGAUGGAGUUGCUGGUUGCUGGGAAUAUUAUAUCUCUUGAUUUGAGCGUUGCUCAAGUUUAUGAGCAAGUUUGGAAGAAGUCAAAUAGUCAAUCUUCAAAUGCCGUGGCUAAUUCUACUUUGUUAUCUGCAAGUGCUGUUACAUCAGCCCGAGAUUGCCCACCCAUGACUGUGACUUAUAGGCUUCAGGGAUUAGAUGGUGAAGCAACUGAACCUAUGAUUAAAGAACUGGAGGAAGAUAGAGAGGAAUCUCAAGACCCAGAAGUUGAGUUUGCAAUAGCAGGUGCAGUUCGAGAUUGUGGUGGACUAGAAAUUCUGUUGGGCAUGAUCAAGCGUUUGCGAGAUGAUUUCAAAUCCAAUCAGGAGCAAUUGGUCGCAGUUCUUAAUCUCCUAAUGCAUUGCUGCAAAAUACGAGAGAAUAGACGAGCUUUGUUAAGGCUAGGAGCUUUGGGCCUUCUUCUUGAAACAGCAAGGCGUGCCUUCUCUGUGGAUGCCAUGGAGCCAGCUGAAGGCAUCCUUUUGAUUGUGGAGAGCUUGACAUUGGAGGCUAAUGAGAGUGAUAAUAUUAAUAUUGCACAGAGUGCUCUUACUGUUUCUAGCGAGGAAACUGGGACAGGAGAACAGGCCAAAAAAAUAGUUGUCAUGUUCCUUGAAAGAUUGUGCCACCCUUCAGGACUAAAAAAGUCAAACAAGCAGCAGAGGAACACAGAAAUGGUUGCAAGAAUCUUGCCAUAUCUGACAUAUGGUGAACCUGCUGCAAUGGAAGCCCUCAUUCAGCAUUUCAACCCGAAUUUACAAGACUGGAGGGAAUUUGACCAGUUGCAGAAACAGCAUCAAGAAAACCCAAAAGAUGAGAACAUCGCUCAAAAAGCAGCCAAGCAGAGGUUUACUGUGGAAAAUUUUGUUAGAGUUUCUGAAUCACUGAAGACAAGUUCCUGUGGAGAGCGCCUAAAGGAUAUUAUCCUUGAGAAAGGUAUCAUAGAUGUUGCUGUUAGACAUCUUAGGGACAGUUUUGCAGUGACUGGGCAGGCUGGGUUCAAAUCUAGUGCUGAAUGGUCCUUGGGUUUAAAACUGCCAUCUGUCCCUCAUAUAUUGUCCAUGCUGAGGGGAUUGUCAAUGGGGCACCUGGCUACACAAAGGAGUAUUGAUGAGGGAGGGAUCUUACCACUGCUUCAUGCUCUGGAAGGAGUCGCUGGAGAGAAUGAGAUUGGGGCGAGAGCUGAAAACUUAUUAGAUACAUUAUCUAAUAAGGAGGGAGAAGGAUAUGGAUUCUUGGAGGAGAAGGUCUGUACGUUGCGCCGUGCCACUAGAGAUGAAAUGAGGCGCCGAGCUUUGAGGAAGAGAGAAGAGUUGCUUCAGGGACUUGGCAUGAGACAAGAACUGGCUUCGGAUGGUGGUGAGCGAAUUGUUGUUGCUAGACCAAUCCUGGAAGGUCUGGAAGAUGUAGAGGAGGAAGAAGAUGGAUUGGCAUGCAUGGUGUGUCGAGAGGGAUACAGUUUGAGGCCCACUGAUUUGCUGGGUGUCUACUCGUUCAGCAAACGAGUGAACCUGGGUGUUGGCAGUUCAGGAAGUGCUCGUGGGGAGUGUGUUUACACCACUGUCAGUUAUUUUAACAUUAUUCAUUUCCAAUGUCAUCAGGAGGCAAAAAGAGCAGAUGCAGCUCUGAAGAAUCCAAAGAAAGAGUGGGAGGGGGCUACCCUCAGAAAUAAUGAAUCUCUUUGCAAUUCUUUAUUUCCUGUUAAUGGGCCAUCUGUUCCACUAGCACAAUAUAUCCGCUAUGUAGACCAGUAUUGGGAUAACCUUAAUGCUCUAGGACGUGCUGAUGGAAGCCGGCUGCGGCUAUUGACCUAUGACAUUGUUCUGAUGCUAGCUCGGUUUGCCACAGGAGCAUCAUUCAGUGCAGAAUGUAGAGGUGGUGGAAGGGAAAGCAAUUCUCGAUUUUUGCCUUUCAUGAUCCAAAUGGCUCGUCACCUUCUUGAACAGGGAAGCCCAUCCCAGCGCCGUAGCAUGGGAAAAGCUGUGUCAUCAUAUAUAGCAUCUUCCUCUUUGGAUUUCAGACCUUCUACUCCUGUAGCACAACCUGCUCUAGGAACCGAGGAAACCGUCCAAUUUAUGAUGGUGAAUUCCCUUCUCUCAGAGUCCUAUGAAUCAUGGUUGCAACACCGCCGUUCCUUCUUGCAACGUGGAAUAUACCAUGCUUACAUGCAGCACACUCAUGGCCGUCCAUCGAGUCGUGCAUCACCCACUUCAUCAAGCACAGUCAGAAUAGAAUCUGGAAGUCCCAGUGGAAGCCCUGCAGCUGAAAAAGGUGGAGCUGAUGAGUUAUUUUCUAUCGUUCGACCUAUGCUUGUCUACGCAGGCGUGAUUGAGCAGCUGCAGCACUUUUUCAAGGUCAAAAGGUCAUCAAAUGUGCCACCUGCUGGGGCUGAAGGAACUUCUACAGGAUCAGAAGGGGAAGAUGAGGGUGGAAGUUUGGAGGGUUGGGAGAUCAUAAUGAAGGAGCGGCUGUUAAAUGUGAGAGAAAUGGUGGGGUUCUCCAAGGAGCUGCUGUCGUGGCUAGAUGAGAUGAAUUCGGCCACUGAUUUGCAGGAAGCCUUUGAUAUUAUCGGUGUUCUAGCUGAUGUAUUAUCUGGCGGGAUUGCACGGUGUGAGGACUUUGUGCAUGCUGCAAUUAACGCGGGGAAAAGCUAAGGUGCAGGGAUAAUCAGGAGCAUGCUAUGUGUUCUAUUGUGUUGUAAGCUUUGUCCUCUCUGCUUUUACCAAUAUUCUUCUUGUAUCUGUAUCUUUUUUUCUGUUCUUUUUUUUUGUCCAAAUCCUACGAACUUGGGUGUUUCCAGCAUCUUCAUAAGAUAAUGGACAACGAAUAUAUGGUGAACACAUAUUGCUCUUGUUAAUUUGCUCUUGUUAAUGAAAUUGUUUUUCCCCAAA